UCAGGAAGUCAAAGAGUCCCUCUGCAGACUACUCUGGAUCGACUGUGUCCAUACAAAGGAUGGAUGCUCUACUUCACAGAAGGCUUCAUUGAGAGCUCACCUAGUGUGGAAAAGGUCAAAGUUUUUGAAAAAUAUUUCACUUCCAAGAUUCAGUUGUAUGACAAGGAUGAGAUUGAGCGUCAGGGAAGCGUUUUAGUGGACUAUGCAGACCUGACUGGAGACAAAGUGGUGCGAAAAGCUAUUCCUGAUUUGGCUACAGAGCUGAAAGAACAGCCAGAAGUGAUGCUCAACUGUUUGGGACUGGCUAUUCAUCAGGUUUUGACUGUAGAUUUGGAGAAACAAGCUGCUGAGCUGGAAGGGGAAGAACUUCCUGUUGCUACCCCAAUCAUCAACAUCCCUCACAUCAGUGCGAGGCUGUAUAACUAUGAACCGCUGACUCCUCUGCGAAUGCUGCGUGCCAGUGUGUUUGGACGACUUGUGUGUGUGAAGGGAACAGUGGUCAGAGUGAGCAACAUCAGACCUUUGUGUACAAGGAUGGCCUUUAGGUGCCAGAGCUGCUCACAGACACUCUGUCUGCCACUGCAGCAUGGGAAAUAUGCUGCACCUACCAAGUGUAUCAAGCCUGACUGUCGCAGUCGCUCCUUCGCCCCCUGCAGGAGUUCUCCCCUCACUCAGACUGUUGACUGGCAGAUCAUAAAGGUUCAGGAGUUGGUGGGUGGGGAGCAGAGGGAGACUGGACGGAUCCCACGCACUGUGGAGUGUCACCUGAACUCUGACCUCUGUGACAGCUGCGUUCCUGGAGACACAGUUACAGUAACUGGGAUAGUUAGAGUUACCAACGACGGUACUACUCAGAGAAACAAGGAUCAGUGUAUGUUCCUCCUCUACCUUGAUGCCACUUCAGUCAGCAAUACUAAAGGCCAGCAGUCAAAGUCUGGUCAGGUGUCAGGGGGGUCACAUGAGGAUCGUUCUGGAGGGGAGGAGUUCACUCUGAAAGAGCUGUAUGCCAUCCAGGAGAUCCAGUCACAGCCUGAGCUGUUGAGACUCAUAGUGCACUCUUUGUGCCCUGCCAUCUACGGCCACCUGCUGGUGAAAGCUGCCCUGGCCUUGGCAUUGUUUGGAGGCAGACGGAAACACACAGGCGUAAACAGCGUCCCAGUCAGAGGAGACCCACACAUUCUGAUGGUGGGAGACCCCGGACUGGGAAAGAGUCAGAUGUUACAGGCAGUGUGUAAUGUGGCUCCUAGAGGAAUCUAUGUUUGUGGCAAUAGCACAAGCACCACUGGACUAACAGUGACUUUAUCCCGAGACGCAGGAACAGGAGAUUAUGCCCUUGAGGGUGGGGCUUUGGUGCUUGCUGAUCAGGGUCUGUGCUGCAUUGAUGAGUUUGACAAGUUGGGCAGCCAGCAGCAGGCUCUGCUAGAAGCCAUGGAGCAGCAGUCUGUGAGUCUCGCAAAGGCGGGAAUAGUUUCCUCUCUCCCUGCCAGAGCAUCAGUUGUGGCUGCUGCAAAUCCUGUUGGAGGACAUUACAACAGAGGCAAGACAGUUUCUGAAAAUCUGAAAAUGGGUUCAGCUCUUCUCUCUCGAUUCGACGUUGUCUUCCUUCUCCUUGAUAUCCCCGAUGAAUCACAUGAUCGCCGCCUGUCUGAGCACGUCAUGGCUAACAGGGCAGGAAAAGGCCGAACCAGCAGCACCAUAGUUACCAGAACAAACAGUGAAUCAGAACCAUCUGUCCUGCUGGAACAUUCAGAUAUGCCGCUGUCUGAGCGUUUGCAGGUCCCUGUGGGUGAAAGUGUAGACCCAGUUCCAGCAUGUCUGCUGAGGAAGUAUGUCAGCUACGCUCGACAAUAUGUGCAUCCCACACUGUGUCCUGAGGCCGCACAGGUACUUCAGGACUUCUACCUAUCACUGAGAGCUCAGUCUCACACUGCUGAUGCUACGCCCAUCACCACAAGACAGCUUGAAUCUCUGAUUAGACUGACUGAGGCAAGAGCAAGACUGGAGCUGAGAGAGACCGCCACCAAGACUGAUGCUGAGGAUGUGGUGGAGAUCAUGAAACACAGUCUUGCUGAUACAUACUCAGAUGGUCUCGGCAAUCUGGACUUUGAGCGCUCUCACCUCGGGUCAGGCAUGAGUCAACGUGGUGCUGGAAAAAGACUCAUCAACGCACUGCAUUUACAUGCACAGAGGACCAAUCAGAGGCAGUUUGACCUUCAGAUGAUUCGAUCUGUAGCAGAAAGACUGAACAUCAAGGUGAUGGAUUUUGAGGGUUUGGUGAGUUCCCUUAAUGAACAGGGUUUCCUGCUGAAGAAAGGGGCCAAACUCUACCAGCUGCAGACUGUCUGAUCAAACAACUGCAGCAGACCAGUAGACCUUACUCAAGGUCAGUAUUGUAGUUGAACAAGGUCUCUCUUUGUGGAGAAAUAGGGAAAAAAAACAAUGGCUAACCCAUUUUUAAGACCAUUUUUAUCCUACCAGCAGACAGCUUAGUAACCUUUCGAACUGUCCAUGAGAGUCACAACCACUGAGAGAGACUGAACAGGUGGUCUCACAACUAAAACCUCUCUGAGAGCAACCACAAGUUUCCUGAAUGAGCACAAAUUUCCUGCUAAAAAGACUUCAGUGCCACCCCCACCUGACCCACUCACCCACACAUAAGCAAUUUUGAGUUUCAGUACUUUGAGUUUGAAAUACAAACCAAGUUAGGCUGGUCUGUGAUAAAGCAGAAGAAAAUUAUUUAUAUAGAAAAUACAAGGGUGAUUAUAUUUUUCUAUUUUUGACUAUUGUAUUUAAGGGUUGUAUAUACUUUGUUGACAACAUGAAACAAUGAAAACUAGUUAAAAAAAAAUUACAUUUUAGACCUCACUGUUUUUCUGUAAAUGAAGUUGCGUUUGUAUUUGCUUGUUUGUGUAAUGUUGAAUGGUGAUACAAUGUAAUGUUUUAAGGUGUUACUUGGUAAACAUUGUGCUACAUGGGAAAUCUGCUUCCAGUAACAACAGCAAUGACACUA